UACACGCACACCUCAUCUGAUCAAAACGAGUGCCGAAUUGACACGAGCAUUGCCCACAAUGUUCCCCCUAUUUUUAGGGGGAAAAAAACUUCACUGCACAAAGGAAGGCCUGCAAGUGAAGCCUAUGCGUCUCUAGCAACGAAGGAUUUAGGGACACAUGCUUCCCACACAAUCGGGUCUCCUGAACCCCUUUCUCUGCCCGUGCCCGAGGAGCUCGCCGAGGAAGAAGCAGAACAGGAAUAGAGGAUCGAUCUCCUCUUUCAAGCAGGGUCCCUUUUUGACGAAGAGCUAGCUAGCCAUGUCUGACACUAUGGAUUUAACCGGGGAUGGAGGUGUUGUUAAGACAGUGAUCGGGAGAGCAAAGGCGGACGCUGUAGCACCUUCAGAUAUCCUUCCCCUUGUCGAUGUUCAUUACGAAGGUACGCUUGCUGAGAAUGGCGAGGUUUUCGACACUACUCACGAAGACAACUCUGUUUUCUCAUUUGAAAUUGGAGAGGAAACUGUCAUCAAGGCAUGGGAUAUAGCCGUCAGAACCAUGAAGGUUGGAGAGGUCGCAAGAAUCAAAUGUAGGCCAGAAUAUGCAUAUGGAGCUGCGGGAUCACCUCCAGAGAUACCACCUGAUGCAACUCUCAUUUUUGAGGUGGAGCUAGUGGCAUGCAAGCCAAGGAAAGGCUCGAGUGUUGAAAGCGUAUCCGAAGAGAAAGCUAGGCUGGAGGAGUUGAAGAAGCAGAGGGAGGUAGCUGCUGCAGCCAAAGAGGAAGAGAAGAGGAAACGGGAGGAAGCAAAAGCGGCGGCGGCAGCCCGUGUGCAAGCAAAGCUAGAGGCAAAGAAGGGCAAGGGGAAGAAGGCCAAGUAGCCCGUGGUGGCAAGAAAAACGGCUACUGUUUAUCAUUGAUUCACUGGCGAUGGCGAACGGUAGCCUUGAGACUUUGAGACACAUGAGUAUGGAGUUUGAGUCUUAAAAUGCAACGCAAAUAACAGAAUAAAAACAUGCAGACAUGCAAUGGCGAAUUAGACGAAUCUUCCGAGACGUCUUCUCUGCAUAUUUUCUCUAA